ACGGCAUUACUCGGGACGCUCGGGCUGGAUUCGGGAGCAGGCUUGCGGCGCGAUAAAGCCUGGCUUUUACCUCACGGACGGCUCCCGCAGCAGCCCCUGCGGGACAGAGCGAGAGUGGCAUUGCUGUUGUGGCCGCCGGGCACUACCCGGCUCCGUUCUACCAUGGAAGUGGCAUUGAGGGACAGAGGCUGAGAAGGAGUACAGACUCUCAAUUUGUGGCAAAUUGUGCUAUGCAAUAGGAGGUGCCCCAAAUCAAGUGGCAGGGAGCGCUGCUGCUUUCUUCCUACAGAUCUACCUGCUAGAUAUAGCCCACGGAAUACCCACAGCAAAUUCUGCAGACAGGGGACCUGCCAGCUGGAAGCCAUGUGCUGCUGCCGAGAAGGCAAUAGGCUCUGCAGAAAAGCAGGGGACACUAGCUCAUGAUUACUCCAUUUCAUGCCUCUUUGGUGCUGUUUGUUGGCAAAGCCUCGGGUGCAGUUACUGAUCCUGUUGCUGGCUUUUUUAUUAGCAAAAGUAGAUGGACAAAAAUUGGCCGGCUCAUGCCUUGGAUGUUGGCAUGUACACCCUUCACAGUACUAUCAUACUUUUUUAUGUGGUAUCUGCCUCCUUUUGCGUCGGGAAGAGUUGCAUGGUACCUGACUUUCUACUGCCUUUUCCAAGCACUAACCACAUUAUUCCAAGUACCAUAUUCUGCCCUCACCAUGUUUCUCAGCACAGACCAGAAAGAGAGAGAUUCUGCAACAGCAUACCGAAUGACCAUGGAAGUGCUUGGGACCUUGAUUGGAGCUGCACUUCAAGGGCAAAUCGUGGCCAGUGCUCAUAUCUCUCAUCACUGCACUGUGAUUCCCCCAGUAAACACAACCAACUCUUGGCAUGACACUCCCAGCUUUCCAGACCCCUCAGAUCCCCUGUCUCAUCAAGAAAUAUAUACUUACGUGCCCUGGAUUUAUCCUAAAGCAAAAGUUUAUAUGAUUGCAGCAGGGGUCAUAGGAGGUGUGUAUCUUCUUGGAAUUGCCAUUCUGUUUCUUGGAGUCAAGGAAAAAGAUGAUCCUUAUGCCUUAAAUUCAGACAGAGCAAUUCCUUUUUGUAAGGGGCUUGGACUCACCAUGAGGCAUGGUCCAUACGUGAAGCUUACAGCUUCAUUUCUUCUCAUCUCGACAGCAGUUCAGCUGGAGCAGAGCAACUUUGUCCUAUUCUGCACUCAUGCUGCUGACCUUCGCAAUCAUUUCCAGUAUUUGGUGGUGACCAUAUUGGUAUCAGCAGCUGUGAGCAUUCCCUUCUGGCAGAAGUUUCUGCAGCGAUUUGGGAAGAAGUGUGCGGCAUGUGGGAUUUCGUGGAUGAUUCCUUUUGCAGUCAUGCUAGUGACCAUUCCAAACCUGAUCCUGGCUUACUUAGUGGCCUUCGUCUCUGGUCUGAGCAUAGCAGCAUCUCUUCUGUUGCCAUGGUCAAUGCUGCCUGACGUUGUUGAUAACUUUCGCCUGCAGAAUCCUCAUGGAAAAGGACAUGAAACCAUUUUCUAUUCUUCUUAUGUUUUCUUUACCAAGAUGUCAGCAGGAAUUGGCUUAGGAAUUUCUGCAGCAGGCCUGGAGUUCACUGGAUACAAGCCAGGGAUAUGCAGACAAUCCAAUGAUGUGAUCCUCACGCUGAAAAUCCUCAUUGGGGCGGUCCCUGCUGUCCUCAUCCUUGUAGGUCUGAUUAUCCUUCUUUUCUACCCAAUCACUGAAGAAAGUCGGAAAGAAACAAAGCUUGCUCUUCAGGUGUUAAGAAGAAGCCAUCAAAGCACAGAGAACCUGGAUGACCACAAAGAGAACACCUCGGUCUGAAAGCUCUGAAUACAAUGACUUUCCAAAUACAGUCUCACAUAACAUGCACAAACUCUGUGAGAGUCUUCCGGUCACUUUUCUGAUCACAUUUUAUCAAAAAGGAUAAAGGAUGAUUCUGACACAGCCAGUAAUGGUAUCAAGGGAGGAUACCACCAUGUAAAAUAGAUAUCUAACUCCACUGUGCUAAAAAAAUCCCAACUCUUUACAAACAUUCAGGAAUGUAAGCUAUUGAAGGCUUGUGGGGUUUCUUUCCUGUUUGUUUAUGAUCAGUGACCUCAUUGCAACAGGAGAUUCCAUGGACUUGUAGGUCAAGGGAAAAAAAUGUAGAUGUGACACACCACCCAAGUUUUAACUGGUGUGAUGUAUUUCACCCUUAGAGACUUGGGUGGAUUUUGAACCUAAUACUUACCUAUACAUUACACACUAAUGUACUUGGAAGGCACUUGGGAAUCCUGAAGUAUCCUAUGUAAAGUUAAGAUUUACUUUGUUUUGAAAUGAAGCAAAACACUGGUACAGAUAUGUUUUGAGGAUUUUCUCAUGAAGCCUUUAUCUGGAAGAGAUUUUUGUGAAAUUUAACUUUAUAGAUUUUAUAUGAAACAGAACCUUACAUUUUCCAUUGCUGGAGUUCCUUGCUUCUGAAACCUAUAAACUAAUCUUUUUCAGAGAACAGGUACUUAACAUUUUCAAAAUCAACAUCUUCUCUCAGGAUGCUCCAAAUCAGCAGUCCGUUACAAAAAUUAGACCACACCAUUCAAAUUUCUGUAAGUUUUGGACUUUAAGAGCUGAUAAUACUCACCUUUUUCUUCUGCUGUAUAGGCUCUCUGACUCCCAAAACAGCACAGUGUGUCUGUUGACCUCUGUGCACAGUGUUUUAUAAUAAUGAGACUACACCUGACUUGUAAAUGUUUGGUUUUUUUUUUUCAGUCAGGGAUGUCAUCAUGCUUUAGAUACUUUAACAGAAACCUCAUUUCUGCUACAGAUUCACUAUAGAUUCUACUAUAGAUUGACAUACCUAACCUCAGGCUCUUUCUGGAGCAUUUAAGUUCAGACCUAGUCAUUCCACGCUGCUUCCAUAGUCAGCAGAGACAGUGAGACCUCCAGAGGCUAGGUCCAAGCUUAAGCUAAAAUUAGUGGACUCUGAAGACAUAUAUAAAUCUAGAGAGGAGUCUGAUAAUUCCAAGAGUUUAAGGCUUGUUCACUUUGGUGAAAUCAGGUGCAAUCCGUGCAAACUGAUGCAAGCCAGGCCACCAAUUCACAGCAUGCUGGCAUCACCAUAUGAUGAAGUGGAAGGUGCCUUUAUUUUGUACUCAAAGUGCCUUUGGAGGACUUGCUGGCUGCUAUUUGGGAGCACUUUUCGAGAGUGCCAUGGGAGGCAGUGACCACGAGUAAUUUGCUCAGGGCCAUCUGGGAAGUGGCUCACAGUCCUGGAAACUGGGAAAGCUUGUACUGAAAGACCAUGAAGCAAAAUCACUGAGGGUCUCAUUAGGUUUGAUACUUUAGGUUUGAAACCUUUCCAGGCAAGUUUGAAGUCUAAGGCCUAAUGAACUGUCCUAAUUCAGCAAAACGCUUAAUGAUGAGUGAGUUUUUAAGGAUAUAGUUUGAGUCUGCACAGGUAAGAGUUAACUUCUGUUGACCUGACAUCAGAGGCUGGGGUGGGUUUUUUUGUUUGUUUGCUUCAGUUCUUGGCCAAAUUAAGAUUUAUAUACCUGGGGCAUAUGUGUUUACAACAAUAAAAAACAUAAGGCUGCUUACAA